UACUAAUUGUACCACACGCAGAGGGACACUAUUUCUAACCUUUUCUCUCCAAUCUCCGAUUCAUAGUCCAAAAACCCCCAUCCGAAUUGGGUUCUAAAAUGGGAAAAGGAGGGGGUUGUGUUCCGAGUAAGAAAAAACAACCGCCAGUCUCCGACGAUCCCGUCUCCUCCCGGGAAGCCGCACCAAUCCCUAUUCACGACGGUGAAACUAUUGAUGUGGCAACUACGUCACUAGAGCCAAGAAUUCCAUCAAAGUUAAAAAUCUUUAUAGUGUUUUACUCCAUGUAUGGGCACGUGGAAGGAUUGGCCAAGAGAAUGAAGAAAGGAGUGGAUGGAGUGGAAGGAGUUGAGGCUUUUUUAUAUCGGGUUGCGGAAACGUUAUCUGAUGAUGUUUUGAUGAAAAUGAAAGCUCCGGAGAAAGAUGUUGGGAUCCCGGAGAUUACGGCGGCGGAAUUGAUCAACGCGGAUGGUGUUUUGUUUGGGUUUCCGACAAGGUAUGGCUGCAUGGCUGCGCAAAUGAAAUCGUUUUUCGAUUCGACGGGGCAAUUAUGGAAGGAGCAGAAACUUGCUGGCAAACCUGCUGGGUUUUUUGUUAGUGCUGGGACUCAAGGAGGAGGUCAAGAAACUACUGCAUGGACAGCAAUUACCCAGUUGACCCACCAUGGAAUGUUAUUUGUUCCUGUUGGAUACACCUUUGGAGCUGGUAUGUUUAAGAUGGACACUGUUCGAGGGGGCUCUCCUUAUGGUGCUGGAGUUUAUGCUGGUGAUGGCUCAAGAGAGGCAAAUGAAACAGAGUUGGCGCUUGCUGAGCAUCAGGGCAAGUAUAUGGCUACAAUAGUCAAGAGGCUUGCCCAGACCUGAUGACAUUUUAUUAUCUUUAGAAAUACACUUGCUUCCCUACUUGUCAAUUCGAGUGCAUUUGUUUGUUAUUAUUGGUCUUGUGUUUUAUGUACUAUCAGACUUGGAGAAUCAUACGUGGGUUAUAAGGUCUAUUCUCACAUUUCUACGCAUUCCACUUUGUGCAGCAAGCUGUAUAUGAUUCGAAAAUAUUGGAAUAGUGGUAAUUUGUUGGACAUUGUUGUCCUGUAGAGUUCUUUUUUUUUUUUGGUUUCAUUUGAGAGUCAUUGUAAUAAACAUGGUUUUCAAGCAUUUGACUUGCUAUUAGUUCAUUUAUAUCUAUUAUUAUCUAAUAAAUAA